ACUCUCACAGUCCAGAAGAGCUACACAGACUUCCGAUACAAACAUGGAGCUUUAUCGAGGCAGCAACACCAACCAACUGGAUUAUAAUGACGAUGGCCGCGGACCCAAAUCUGGGAAAAUGCUUGCGAGCAACGACGACCGUUUAGACAGCGGUUUGGAUUCGCUUAAAGAGGAUGAAUACCCGGACGUGGUGUCUGAUUUCAGGCGGAUGAAAGUGGACGAGCGGCAGGACGAGCCCUGGAGGAAAGAGCUCACCGAAGACGGAGACACGUUUUUACAUCUUGCCAUUAUUCACGAGGCCAAAGAUGCUGCAUUAAAAAUGAUUGAUUUAUCCUAUGGUGACCCCUUCCUCAACAUACAGAACAACCAGAGACAGACUGCCUUGCAUUUGGCCGUCAUCACAGAGCAGCCUCAUAUAGUAGAGCAGUUACUAAAGGCCGGCUGUGAUGCUUCUCUGGUGGAUGACUGUGGUAACACCGCCCUCCAUAUCGCCUGCAGAAAAGGUUCAAUGGCCUGCUUUGGCCUUCUAACCCAGGGCUGUCCACAGCACCUCCCAGCCAUCCUCCAGACGUCAAACUAUAACGGUCAGAAAUGCAUACACGUGGUCGCCAUCCACGGCUACCUGUCGUUGUUGGAAAGUCUCAUCCAGCUUGGCGCAGACAUCAACGCACAGGAGCAGUGUAAUGGGCGAACCGCUCUACACUUAGCAGUGGACCUUCAGAACUUUGAGCUGGUUAAACUUCUAAUCAGCAAAGGCGCUGAUGUUCACAGCUUCACGUACGGCGGUCACACGCCUUAUCACCUGACCUAUGGCCGGGCGAACACUGACAUCCAAAAAGUCCUGUAUGAGCUCACGGCGCCACACCUAAGGGAACUUCCAGAUAGUGAGUCAGAGGAUAGCGAUGAGGAUUAUGAAGACCAGUGUACAUCUGAUGAUGAAGAUAUGUAUGAUGAUAUUAAAAUGAUGGGGCAGUAGGAAGGAAGGACCAGUAGAAGGACUUCUGUUGAACGGAGAAAGAGAUAGAUGUUCUCACUCAGAGUGCCCAGGAACGAGUCCGCCAUGGAGAUCGCAGGGUCACAGGCGGCUCCCGGCUCAUGUAGAAGGAGGCCCGGAAACAAAGGGUGUAUUAGCAACACUGGAGAGAGGCCAACAAAACCGUACCGUUGGCUCUCUAUGAUGGACUGUACUGUCAGCUGAAAUCAACGGCUGUGUUUCUGUUGUACUGUGAUGUAAAAUAUUGUGUAUACAGACAGAUUUAUUUUUAUAUUAACAUGUAAAUGUGUAUAUAGAAGAUUGAAACUUUUUUUGUGGAAAGACAAUGCAUAUUAAAUUAAAACCUUAAACUUCA